UUGACGGCCACGAGCGUUUCCGGGGCGCGGUCUGAAGAAGUAGCGAUGCCACCGCGCUAGCCUUGGAGCUCUGCUAAUUUAGUCAAUGUCAAACCGGGGUGUUUUUUCGGAAGGAUAUAGUUCUCAAUGAGACUGAACAUAGAAUGAUAAUAGCAAUUUGAUUGUGAGUUUUAUGUUUGUGUGGCCAGUGCCACCCGAUAGACGAGCCGUACGGUGUCCUGUUCCCUAAGCUAGCUCGGCUAUCGGUAGCAUAGUCGUAAACACGUCGCUUGCCUGCCUGCUACUUUAGAACGACGUGCACGACGGUGUCUGCAACAAGCUCAGCGGCCAACCUUGGAUUUAGUUCGACCACUGUCAUGGAAAAGGCAGAUUUCCUUAAAGGGCUUCCCGUCUAUAAUAAAAGCAACUUCAGCAGGUUCCAUGCGGACUCCGUUUGUAAAGCAUCUAAUCGUAGGCCCUCUGUCUAUCUUCCAACACGGGAAUACCCUUCAGAACAGAUCAUUGUAACAGAGAAAACCAACAUCCUCCUGCGCUACCUCCAUCAUCAGUGGGACAAAGAGAAUGCGGCAAAGAAACGAGAACAGGAGCAAGGGGAGGGGGACAGCCCGGCGCCUCCCAGAAAGAUCGCCAGGACAGACAGCCAAGAAAUGAAUGAAGACUCUUAAAGUGUAUGUGUGCGUGUGUGUGCGCGCGUGUGUCUGUGUGUGCGGGGCGUAGGCGAUCCAAAACAAUCGAAAAAGAAAGGGCGACAGCUCAUGGCCGCUCCGCUGCGUGGCGACGACCUGUACCUCUCCUCAGCAGAGGUCUUCGGUGGUCAGCUCAUUACUGAAGAAGGAACGCAAGCCCACUCAGAUUUGCGAGCGAUCUCUGAGAACUGAACAGAAGACCGUAUUGGGCCGGGCUGUCUAUGCCGUAUGUUAGGAUACAGUGUAUGUUUGUAUGCAUGCUGAGCUGUGUGUGUGUAACGUGCUGUACAUGUGAGGUAAAUUGAUUCGUCGAAAGUUGGCAAGUGACCUGACAAGUCUAGUCUCAAAAGUGUCUCGAUUUGACUUCUUGUGUUUCUUGUUUAAGUACGGCAACGCGGUUCCUGCCUGCCAAAGUGCCCCCCCUCCCCCCUUCUCAGUUUCACUGCCCACUCUGUAACAGUCAUGAUGUUUCUCCCCACUCUUGGAAAUCCACACAACCAAGAAUGCACUGUGAAGAACAGCACAAAAUAGAAGCGCCACGCUCGUGUGUCCUUGCAGUGCAUCGCUCCAUAAUCGUUCGGCUUGGCGUGUUUUUUUUUUUUUGUAAUGGCGACAAAUGCCGUUUGCACCUACCAUCCGAGUGAGGCUAAGGGGUUGUACAACCGAAUGUUGGAUUUCCUGGUUUGAGCAAAAGUUACACAGGAAAGAACGACUGCAUUUUGUGUAAAUAAAUGCCAAUUCCAUAAUUUAACUUAAUGUGCAUUUGUUAUAUACAUUUAUUUAGGUACAUUGUAAAAACCUCAGUGCAGAAUUGACGUGAUCUGGCCUUGCCAGAUUAUUUUUUCUCCCCCCAUUAUAGCAUUUCUGGAUUGUUAGCCUUAGAGGCCUUACAACUGGUCGUCAGAGUUUGGAUCCUGUUGUCUUCUCGCAUCACCUUGGUUUCGGUGAGUUCGAGAGGUUCUGUAUUUAGCACGCAGUCCGUAUCGCAUCUUGUUCCCUCGGUUUCUUUUGAUGUCCAUUACAAUACUGAAUAAAGAUUUAUAUAUGUAUAAAAACAGGUAGUAUGUGAGAUGGGAAUGAAAUCAUGUAGUUUGACACCUCGCUACCCGUUGUCAGUUUCAGGCAUCGUUUCAUUUUAUGCUUCAGCUAAGACUGUUUGACGACACCUGACGCCUUUUCCCUAUUUUGCGUGUUAGAUCAGAUGGAUUUUGUUUUCUAGCUUUGCUGAAAUAAAACUGGACUGGCACCAUU